AUGUCUGGUCGAUACACAGGACGAACUGAUAUCCCAUUGACGGCCAAUGGAGAGGCUCAGGUCGCGAACUCGGCAUCAGUCGUAGUCGGACCUGGCAAAGUCAUCGACCCGACUAAGAUUGCUCAUUUAUUCAUCAGCCCUCGAACAAGAGCCCAACGGACAUAUGAGAUUCUUUUCGAUGAUGCCGCUCAGCAACAGCUACGAGGGAAGGGCGAGACGACAGAGGAUAUCCGGGAAUGGGAAUACGGAGCCUAUGAAGGACUUUUGACUGCCCAGAUUCGAUCGGCUCGAAAAGAAAGAGGUUUGGAUCAAGAGCGGCCGUGGAACAUUUGGACCGACGGUUGCGAGGACGGAGAGUUACCUAUAGAGGUAUCGACACGGCUCGACAGGAUCAUAGCCCAAAUCAAGGAAAUGCAGGGGCCAUAUAUGCAUGGGGAGAAGGGAGUUGAUGUGAUCCUCAUAGCGCAUGGGCAUAUUUUGCGAGCUUUCGCAAAGCGUUGGAUUGGAUUUCCACUUGCCCAGGCGCUGCCAAUGAUGCUAGAGCCUGGAGCGGUGGGUGUUCUAAGUUACGAACAUCAUAAAGUUGAUGAGCCUGCUUUGUUGUUGGGAGUGAAUCUGGCAAGUGAUGAGUAA